UGUUAAACACAGAGAAAGGUCAGUGGUAGGUGUACAUGUUAAACACAGAGAAAGGUCAGUGGUAGGUGUACAUGUUAAACACAGAGAAAGGUCAGUGGUAGGUGUACAUGUUAAACACAGAGAAAGGUCAGUGGUAGGUGUACAUGUUAAACACAGAGAAAGGUCAGUGGUAGGUGUACAUGUUAAACACAGAGAAAGGUCAGUGGUAGGUGUACAUGUUAAACACAGAGAAAGGUCAGUGGUAGGUGUACAUGUUAAACACAGAGAAAGGUCAGUGGUAGGUGUACAUGUUAAACACAGAGAAAGGUCAGUGGUAGAUGUACAUGUUAAACAUAGAGAAAGGUGAUUGGUAUGUGUACAUGUUAAACACAGAGAAAGGUCAGUGGUAGGUGUACAUGUUAAACAUAGAGAAAGGUCAGUGGUAGGUGUACAUGUUAAACACAGAGAAAGGUCAGUGGUAGGUGUACAUGUUAAACACAGAGAAAGGUCAGUGGUAGGUGUACAUGUUAAACACAGAGAAAGGUCAGUGGUAGAUGUACAUGUUAAACAUAGAGAAAGGUCAGUGCUUAGACAUAGAUGUUAAACACAGAAAGGUCAGUGGUAGGUGUACAUGUUAAACACAGAGAAAGGUCAAUGGUAGAUGUACAUGUUAAAAAUAGAGAAAGGUCAGUGGUAGAUGUACAUGUUAAACAUAGAGAAAGGUCAGUGGUAGGUGUACAUGUUAAACAUAGAGAAAGGUCAGUGGUAGGUGUACAUGUUAAACAUAGAGAAAGGUCAGUGGUAGGUGUACAUGUUAAACACAGAGAAAGGUCAGUGGUAGGUGUACAUGUUAAACACAGAGAAAGGUCAGUGGUAGGUGUACAUGUUAAACACAGAGAAAGGUCAGUGGUAGGUGUACAUAUUAAACACAGAGAAAGGUCAGUGGUAGGUGUACAUGUUAAACAUAGAGAAAGGUCAGUGCUUAGACAUAGAUGUUAAACACAGAGAAAGGUCAGUGGUAGGUGUACAUGUUAAACACAGAGAAAGGUCAAUGGUAGAUGUACAUGUUAGAAAUAGAGAAAGGUCAGUGGUAGACGUACAUGUUAAACAUAGAGAAAGGUCAGUGGUAGGUGUACAUGUUAAACACAGAGAAAGGUCAGUGGUAGGUGUACAUGUCAAACACAGAGAAAGGUCAGUGGUAGGUGUACAUGUUAAACACAGAGAAAGGUCAAUGGUAGAUGUACAUGUUAGAAAUAGAGAAAGGUCAGUGGUAGGUGUACAUGUUAAACAUAGAGAAAGGUCAGUGGUAGAUGUACAUGUUAAACACAGAGAAAGGUCAGUGCUUAGACAUAGAUGUUAAACACAGAGAAAGGUCAGUGGUAGGUGUACAUGUUAAACACAGAGAAAGGUCAGUGGUAGGUGUACAUGUUAAACAUAGAGAAAGGUCAGUGCUUAGACAUAGAUGUUAAACACAGAAAGGUCAGUGGUAGGUGUACAUGUUAAACACAGAGAAAGGUCAAUGGUAGAUGUACAUGUUAAAAAUAGAGAAAGGUCAGUGGUAGAUGUACAUGUUAAACAUAGAGAAAGGUCAGUGGUAGGUGUACAUGUUAAACACAGAGAAAGGUCAGUGGUAGGUGUACAUGUUAAACACAGAGAAAGGUCAGUGGUAGAUGUACAUGUUAAACACAGAGAAAGGUCAGUGGUAGGUGUACAUGUUAAACACAGAGAAAGGUCAGUGGUAGGUGUACAUGUUAAACACAGAGAAAGGUCAGUGGUAGGUGUACAUGUUAAACACAGAGAAAUGUCAGUGGUAGGUGUACAUGUUAAACAUAGAGAAAGGUCAGUGGUAGAUGUACAUGUUAAACACAGAGAAAGGUCAGUGGUAGGUGUACAUGUUAAACAUAGAGAAAGGUCAGUGGUAGGUGUACAUGUUAAACACAGAGAAAGGUCAGUGGUAUGUGUACAUGUUAAACAUAGAGAAAGGUCAGUGGUAGGUGUACAUGUUAAACACAGAGAAAGGUCAGUGGUAGGUGUACAUAUUAAACACAGAGAAAGGUCAGUGGUAGGUGUACAUGUUAAACAUAGAGAAAGGUCAGUGCUUAGACAUAGAUGUUAAACACAGAGAAAGGUCAGUGGUAGGUGUACAUGUUAAACACAGAGAAAGGUCAAUGGUAGAUGUACAUGUUAGAAAUAGAGAAAGGUCAGUGGUAGACGUACAUGUUAAACAUAGAGAAAGGUCAGUGGUAGGUGUACAUGUUAAACACAGAGAAAGGUCAGUGGUAGGUGUACAUGUCAAACACAGAGAAAGGUCAGUGGUAGGUGUACAUGUUAAACACAGAGAAAGGUCAAUGGUAGAUGUACAUGUUAGAAAUAGAGAAAGGUCAGUGGUAGGUGUACAUGUUAAACAUAGAGAAAGGUCAGUGGUAGAUGUACAUGUUAAACACAGAGAAAGGUCAGUGGUAGGUGUACAUGUUAAACAUAGAGAAAGGUCAGUGGUAGGUGUACAUGUUAAACACAGAGAAAGGUCAGUGGUAGGUGUACAUGUUAAACACAGAGAAAGGUCAGUGGUAGAUGUACAUGUUAAACACAGAGAAAGGUCAGUGGUAGGUGUACAUGUUAAACACAGAGAAAGGUCAGUGGUAGAUGUACAUGUUAAACACAGAGAAAGGUCAGUGGUAGGUGUACAUGUUAAACACAGAGAAAGGUCAGUGGUAGGUGUACAUGUUAAACACAGAGAAAGGUCAGUGGUAGGUGUACAUGUUAAACACAGAGAAAUGUCAGUGGUAGGUGUACAUGUUAAACAUAGAGAAAGGUCAGUGGUAGAUGUACAUGUUAAACACAGAGAAAGGUCAGUGGUAGGUGUACAUGUUAAACAUAGAGAAAGGUCAGUGGUAGGUGUACAUGUUAAACACAGAGAAAGGUCAGUGGUAGGUGUACAUAUUAAACACAGAGAAAGGUCAGUGGUAGGUGUACAUGUUAAACAUAGAGAAAGGUCAGUGGUAGGUGUACAUGUUAAACACAGAGAAAGGUCAGUGGUAGGUGUACAUAUUAAACACAGAGAAAGGUCAGUGGUAGGUGUACAUGUUAAACAUAGAGAAAGGUCAGUGCUUAGACAUAGAUGUUAAACACAGAGAAAGGUCAGUGGUAGGUGUACAUGUUAAACACAGAGAAAGGUCAGUGGUAGGUGUACAUGUUAAACACAGAGAAAGGUCAGUGGUAGGUGUACAUGUUAAACAUAGAGAAAGGUCAGUGGUAGGUGUACAUGUUAAACACAGAGAAAGGUCAGUGGUAGGUGUACAUGUCAAACACAGAGAAAGGUCAGUGGUAGGUGUACAUGUUAAACACAGAGAAAGGUCAAUGGUAGAUGUACAUGUUAGAAAUAGAGAAAGGUCAGUGGUAGGUGUACAUGUUAAACAUAGAGAAAGGUCAGUGGUAGAUGUACAUGUUAAACACAGAGAAAGGUCAGUGGUAGAUGUACAUGUUAAACACAGAGAAAGGUCAGUGGUAGGUGUACAUGUUAAACACAGAGAAAGGUCAGUGGUAGAUGUACAUGUUAAACAUAGAGAAAGGUCAGUGGUAUGUGUACAUGUUAAACACAGAGAAAGGUCAGUGGUAUGUGUACAUGUUAAACACAGAGAAAGGUCAGUGGUAGAUGUACAUGUUAAACACAGAGAAAGGUCAGUGGUAGGUGUACAUGUUAAACACAGAGAAAGGUCAGUGGUAGGUGUACAUGUUAAACACAGAGAAAUGUCAGUGGUAGGUGUACAUGUUAAACAUAGAGAAAGGUCAGUGGUAGAUGUACAUGUUAAACACAGAGAAAGGUCAGUGGUAGGUGUACAUGUUAAACAUAGAGAAAGGUCAGUGGUAGAUGUACAUGUUAAACACAGAGAAAGGUCAGUGGUAGGUGUACAUGUUAAACAUAGAGAAAGGUCAGUGGUAGGUGUACAUGUUAAACACAGAGAAAGGUCAGUGGUAGGUGUACAUGUUAAACACAGAGAAAGGUCAGUGCUUAGACAUAGAUGUUAAACACAGAGAAAGGUCAGUGGUAGGUGUUGGAAGGAUUUGAACCCCUAGAAUUCGCCAGCCGUGAGUAACCACUGCGAAUGAAUGAGCUGCCCUGUUCAAUGCGAUCUUUUGAUCAUACAUAUUAUGGAAGCGCAAAUGUGCUUUUAAGUUGAAUGUUUGAUAAACUUGGGAAUGGAAUUCAAAAGACCGCGCUGUGAAAACAAUUAAGAAGUUUAAGUUUGGGAAACACUGAGA